CUAAAGCUCAUACUUGAGCGAAAAAACAACUAUUUGCUGCCUAAAGUUCAUGUUUGGGGCGAAAACUUCAAAAUGAUGCACAAGUCUAUUAUUUGGGUGACAACAGUAUUGCAACACCCAAACUUCACAGUUGACGACGACCUAUAUAUGAAGUUCAUACUCUACCACUUGGGCUACAAAAAAAAAAAUAAGAACGCCCAAAAUUUUUAACUUGUGCCACAACUAAUGGCCUAAAUAUGUGGUGACAAUAUUAAUUUUGUCGCCCAUACUAUGGGCGACAAUUGUGCACUAUGGUCACAUAUUUUGUGGCCUAGAGCUACAAUAAACUAAAGAAUACAUUACAUAUAUGUAUAGAAUAAUAGUGAACAUACAUCAUCAAAGAGAAGUCAAAUUUUAAAAUUAAGAAUUCUUUGAGGAAAGAUGACUACAGAAUUGUGUGUGCAAAUAAGCUUUCGCUAGCUUAGUUGUUUGUAAGGAUUUGAUUAGCUUGCUUGCAGAUAUGCUUCCUUAAAACUAUUUUGCUCAAGCAUUAUCCUUUGACCUUUCUUUUCUUUACUUUUUGGAUAUCAUUUAACUGUAUUACCAACUGUAUAAUUUAUUGCGCCAUAGUCCACUAAGUAAGGCGCGAUGUAGACAACCAGGCUGAUGUGUGACAAUUCAAAUUCAUCACUUACUCUUUAAAUUUUAUAAAUUGCCUUUGUUCUGUUCUACUUUACAGCAACUCAAAUGCUACAGUAACCCAUCUGUUCAAACCUUCUUUUACUAUGGCAUUACCUUAUUUUAUAUUUGUUUAUCUAUUUAAUCUGUGCUUAGUAACCUCUGCACAAACUACCUACAAUAACAUAACCUUAGGCUCUUCUCUUGUUGCAGGAGACAAUUCAUUAUGGUUAUCUCCCUCGAACGAUUUUGCUUUCGGGUUCCAACAGAUUCAGUCAGGAUCAUUCCUAUUAGCCCUAUGGUUCAAUAAAAUCCCUGAAAAAACCAUAACUUGGUCAGCCAAUAGAGACCAGCUAGCACCCAAGGGCUCCAAAGUUGAGCUAACUUCUGAUGGGAACUUGAUUCUGACUGACCCAAGUGGGCGCGAGUUAUGGAAACCCAAGCAGCAACAAACAGUCGCCGCUGCUGCAGCAGUGCUAGACACAGGGAACUUCAUACUCAUUGAUAAGAAUUCUGUUGUGGUGUGGCAAAGUUUUGAUGAACCAACUGAUACACUUUUACCCACACAGAAUCUGAACCAAGGCAGCCAACUCAUUGCUAGUUUUACUAGCAAGAAUUACUCGAGUGGAAGAUUUUCGUUCGAUAUAAAUUACAAUGGAAAUGUUGCAUUAUACACAACUAAUUUCCCGCUUUUCAACUCUCUGAAUUCCAUCUAUCAGACAUUUGAAGAUCAAGGGCUCGGAUAUCAGGUUGUGUUCAGUAAAUCUGGUUCUCUGAACCUGGUUGAUGGGAGUGGUGAUGUUCUAGCUGAUGUUCUUCAAAAUGAAGUUUCUCAUGAAGAAAUACAAUAUCAGAGAGUUAUCCUUGAAUAUGAUGGUGUGUUAAGGCAUUACAUUUACCCAAAAAACUCAUCUCCUUCAAAAAAUUGGUUCAUCAACUCUUUCUCCCCAGACAACAUCUGCACUGCUGUUACACAACAGACAGGUAGUGGAGUUUGUGGUUUCAACAGCUACUGCAAAUUAGGAAAUGAUAUGAAACCAAAGUGUAUAUGUCCUCCUGGCUAUGCAGUCUUAGAUUCAACCAAUGAAAUGAGUGGAUGUUUCCAGAACUUUCCUGCACAGAGUUGUAAUGCUGCAUCAACGGAAAAAGAUAAGUUUGAUUUCAAAGUGUUGCAGGAUGUUGAUUGGCCACUUUCAGAUUAUGAGCAUUUUGAAAAUGUUUCAAUAGAAUGGUGUAAAGAAGUUUGUUUAAAUGAUUGCUUCUGUGCUGUUGCUAUUUACAGAAAUGGUGGAGAUUGUUGGAAAAAGAAGACACCACUUUCAAAUGGGAAAAAUGACAGCUCUGUGGAUAGGAUUGCUUUUAUUAAGACAAGGAUUAAUGGUGGAUCCAACCAUGGUCAUUAAAAUCUACAAUGGGUCUUAAAAGUCUUGUAAUAGAGUUAAAGGAAAAUGUGAUAUUUACCUGCUUUCUAUUAAAUACUUGGAGGAAUUCCUAAUUCCUAAUUCCUAUUGCCACUUGAAUGCAACACAACUGUGAAAGUGAUGAUGUAUUACUAUUUAGAGCCGUCGCACUCAAUGUAGUGGCUAUGUGCAUAUACAAAUAAAAUAGACCCUUGUAGAUUUUUCUCAACGGGUAUUGGCUGAAGCUUAAAAUCUUAAAACUGAAGCUACUA